UGAGUGGAUGUUACCCCUAUAACAAUAUUUUCCUUUUGCUUUCUUUUUCUUUGAAUUCUUCAAUCCUUUUUCUUUUUUCUUUUUUUCUUCAGUUUAUGAAUUGUGUUUUAAUAGCGGGUAGGUCAAUGUGGACAACUAAGGCUACUUCAUAAUGUGGACGACUACGAGUACUUCAUCUUGUAGUUCUCUCUACUUGUUCUAAUUCAGUAAUUCUCUCUGCCUCUAUUUUUUUCAUUUCGGCUACUCAACUGUAUGUUCUCUGACUAUUUCGAUGGGUUUUUGUCACCUUUCGCUCUUUCUCCCUUUGUUCUUUCUCGUGUCGUCUGUUUCAUCCUCUAUCGGCAGCGCUACCUUAACUGUGCGAUGCCUUCCGGCUGAGGGCUCUAUUCUUUUACAAUUGAAGCGAGAGCUCUCUAAUUCCAACCUCGUAUCUUGGCAAUAUGGAACCGAUUGUUGCCGCUGGGAGGGUGUCGCCUGUGACCCCGUGUCUGCUCGGGUCACCUCCCUCGACCUUAGUAGCCGUGGAAUUUCCGGUAAGAUCGUCUCCACAUCUGCUCUCUUCAACCUUACCUCCCUUCACUAUCUCAACCUUGCCCAGAAUCAAUUCGAUCCAUUUACCCUCCCCGCUUCUGGGUUCGAGAGGCUCAGUAACCUUACCCACCUGAACCUCUCCAACGCCGGUUUCGUUGGUCAAGUUCCUAUUGGGAUCGCUCACCUGGUAAAUUUGAUCUCGCUUGAUCUCUCUGUCAGCAAUUUUAAUCCACACAUCUUGCUUGAUCACUCUGUCAGCUAUUUUACUCCAGACACAAGCAAUCGAUUGAUACUUCAUGAUCCAAGUCUUAGAACUUUGAUUGGAAAUCUUAGCAAUCUGAGGGAGCUCUACCUCGACGGUAGUUUCAUAUCAAGCGAAGGAUCUGACUGGUGUCGUUCUCUGUCUGUGUCGGUCCCUCUACUUCAAGUUCUUAGCUUGUCAGGUUGCUCCCUCUCUAGCCCAAUUGAUCCCUCACUCGCUCGCCUUUCCUCUCUAACUACUAUCGACCUCCGAUAUAACAACUUCUCUUCCACUGUGCCUGAAUCCUUCGCCAAUUUCUCCUCGCUGAGUAGUCUUCAGCUCGCAUCAUGUGGUCUUGAAGGUUUGUUUCCACAAGAAGUUUUCCAGCUCAAGAAUUUGACUCUUCUCGACAUAUCCGACAACCCAAUGCUUUUUGGAAAUUUACCGGAUUUCUACUUUGAUAGCUCUCUUGAGAUCUUGAUGCUCGGCGGCACCCGUUUUUCUGGUGCCAUACCGAACUCUAUUGGUUAUCUCAAGUUCUUGACGAUACUGAGCCUUUUCGAUAGUAACUUUUCGGGGCCGAUACCCUCUGCAAUAUUCACCCUUACACAAUUGCGUUAUUUAGAUCUUUUGUCCAACAAUUUUAUCGGUAUGGUGGAACUUAGCUCAUUUUGGAGCUUAAGGAAUCUCGUGCAAUUGUCUUUCUCAAAUAACAAAUUGACGGUGAUUGAUGGAGAAUAUAACUAUUCCUCCACGUCCUCCCCUCCGAUCACCCAUUUGUACUUGGCGUCUUGUAAUCUGACCAAGUUCCCUACUGCCCUGAUGUAUCUACCUAAUUUGAUUGACCUUGAUCUCUCAAGCAACCAGAUUUAUGGCGCCAUACCACUGUGGAUAUGGGAGAUUACGGGGAACCAUCUUUUGUCCUUGAAGCUAGCACACAACAGGCUUACCAAUGUAGAGAAGUCGCUCUCCGUUCUCCCAUCUAGUCUAAUAGCUCUUGACCUUAGUCAUAAUAUGCUUGACGGACCGGUUCCACUUCCCCAAGCAGGAUCUUUUUUUCUCGAUUACUCUAACAACCGAUUCUCAUCCAUACCGCCGGACAUCUCUUCAUAUAUUAACUCCACUGUCAUCUUACAGCUAUCUCGAAAUCAUCUAAUCGGAAAUAUUCCAACUUCGAUUUGUGAGGCUGGCUCUCUCAAAGUCCUUGAUCUUUCUUACAACAGGUUUACUGGUCUGAUCCCCUCAUGCCUGAUGGAAGGCGGCAACAUCUUGAGUGUGUUGAAUCUAAGAGGGAACAGAUUGCUCCGUGGGACGACAUUGCCUAAUAAUAUUAGCCGCGAGUGUUCUCUUCAGACGCUAAUUUUGAACGGCAAUGGGGUUGAAGGGCCGCUACCAAAGUCUUUGGCCAACUGCGGUAUGCUCGAGCUGUUGGACUUGGGGAACAAUCGGAUAGUCGACAGUUUCCCAUUUUGGUUGGGGAAUCUCUCUAUGCUCCGAGUCCUUAUCCUUAGCUCCAACCAAUUCUAUGGCUCUGUUGAACUUCCUCUGCAAGGUAAAAUGAGUGACUACCAUUUCCCAAGCCUAAGAAUUCUCGACCUCUCCUCAAACAUUUUCACCGGUAACAUGUCGUGGAGCCUUUUCAAGAAUCUUACAGCCAUGACGGUCACUAGCUCUGCGGACAUGGAAGUUUUGGAAUUCAAUAGUUCGAUUCUUCGGGUAUUACGUGAUGUUGUUAGUUAUCCGACAUUUCUGCUUGACUCUUAUUAUUUUAGUGGUAUGAUAGUUUCGUUUUAUUCUUAUCUUGGUACGGUAUCGGUGGUUGAGAAAGGGCAGGACAUUACACUUGAAAAGAUCUUGACAGCAUUCACUAUGAUCGACCUCUCGAACAACCAAUUCCACGGUGCAAUCCCCGAGGUGAUCGGGAACCUCCACUCGUUGCGAGCGCUAAACAUGUCGCACAACGCCUUCACCGGAGGAAUUCCUUCUGGAUUUGGGGGCUUGGCGCAGCUGGAGUCUUUGGACCUUUCUUCCAACCAACUCUCGGGGGAGAUUCCAGAGAGCUUGAGCUCCUUGACCUUCCUCGCCUCGCUGAAUCUUUCGUACAACUCUCUCGUGGGGAGGAUUCCGCAAGGCAAUCAAUUCGCGACUUUCGCGAAUAGCUCAUUUGAAGGGAACGUGGGAUUGUGCGGACGCCCCCUAUCGAAACAAUGCAAUAGUGAUUCGAGUUCGGCGUCUGCUGCACCAGUUUCACCUUCUUUGAUGUCCAAACACAGGGCUUGGAAACACAGAGCUGCGAUGAUCUUAUUGUUCCUCUUCGUCGGAUUAGGGUUUGGGGUCGGUUUUGCGUCGGUGAUUGUGUUUCAAGUUGUUUGCAGAGCUGCAAGAAUAUGGCUAAACAAACUUUUCAUCAGGCGUUAGAUUAACCAAGAUUGAUUCCCCUUCUACUUGAUGGUUUAGCUUGAUGAAUGAACAAGAAAAUUUAGUCAAAUAAAUGAAUGCUGAUUGUAAUUUUACACAAUACUUUUGAACAAUUACAGAGAUAUGUGACUUACAGAGUUGUUUGCUUU